GACGUCACGGUCCUACCGCAGGACGAGCUGGCGGUUUGUCUGAAAGGCGGGAAUGGUGGAGGGUAUAAAAGAGGCUCCUUCUCACCGGGGAGCCUUUGGAAGUGCAACAGGAAGAGGAGAGGGGGGCAGAGAGUGGCAAAAGUGGCGAAAGUGUCACUCACUCCAGCCUGCACAGCGCCUCCCACCCAGCGAAAACGCGCGCGCCUGGAUCUGCCCCCGUUGCUCCAAAUUUGAUGACGGUGCGCGAGGUCUACCAUGAGCCUGGACAGGUGAGGUGUGGGGUCAGGGGACCCCCCGGGCGACGGCGGAAAAUGGGCGCACUGAGCGUGGACCUGCUGGUCACCCUGCAGAUCCUGCCCGGCUUCUUCUCCAACUGCCUCUUCUUCGUGCUGUACGACUCGGUGGUUCUGGUGAAGCGCGUGGUGUCUCUGCUGAGCUGCUCGGGCUCCGGGGGCGAGUGGCAGCGCAUGCUGACCGCGGCGGGCCUGAAGUCCAUCUGGAACAGCUUCCUGCUGGACGCAUACAAGCAGGUGAAACUGGGGGAAGCAGCUCCAAACUCUAAAGUGGUGAGGGUCCCUGGAAUCAGCAGCUGCCGAUGGAGCACUGGUGGAAAAAGCACGGACGAGUGCCACCUGCUGGACUUUGAAUCGUCGGGGCGACCCUUGGUGGUCAACUUUGGCUCGGCCACCUGACCCCCAUUCAUAAGCCAGCUACCGGUCUUCCGGCGGCUGGUCGAGGACUUUUCGGAUGUGGCAGACUUUCUGCUGGUGUACAUUGACGAAGCUCACCCCUCGGAUGGCUGGGUGGCUCCGCCCAUGAAGCCCUACUCGUUCGAGGUUAGGAAGCACCGGAACCUGGAAGAGCGGGUGACGGCAGCGCGCAAGCUCGUGGAGCUUUUCUCUUUACCCCCACAGUGCCAGCUGGUGGCUGACUGCAUGGAUAACAAUGCCAACGUAGCCUAUGGCGUCUCCUACGAGAGGGUGUGCAUUGUGCAGAAGAAGAAAAUAGCUUAUUUGGGAGGAAAGGGUCCGUUUUAUUAUAACCUUAAAGAUGUACAGCGCUGGCUUGAACAGAGCUAUGGAAAGCGGUAAUUUCUAACCCGGGACGUCAGAAAGCCUCUUUUAUGAAUGGUGGAAUAGUUUAUUUUUGUAUAAUGGAGGGGGAAAAAAAGGAAGGUAAAGUGCUUUCAGAACUGUUUUAAGGUGGCUCCAGUGGCAACACGGGCCAAGCUCCAAGUCAAUUUCCUGAAUUCUCUGAAAUGAUCAACGAGUCUCCUGGGUGGAAUCCAACAUUCCUAACCUCUUUUAUACACAGCGAAUAGAGACACUAAACACUAAGCAUUGCACUUCGAUUUUUGAUAUGACAUUGCUGACCACAGAAAACUGAUUUGUUUGUGCACUAUCAAUAACAGUCAUUUGCCAUUCAUGUAGUAUUACACCGUGUAAUACUUUUUCACAUAAAUAACAUUCAUCGCUUCAAAAAAGAAAAACAAACCAAAUUGUUGAACAGAGAAGAAAGCACAAUUACCCAGCUUUUAUAUAUAAAAAGAUAAUUUAUUUUUGUUGACGUUUUAAUGUUUGUUGUUUUUAAUAUGUGACCUGUUUAUGUAAUACCUUUUUUUCCUGUUUGAAGUUGACAAUCGCUCAUAUUCCGUUUUAGUGGUCAUCUUUUUCAUGCUUGGUACACUGUUACACAUUGCUGGACUGAGAAAGGUAAUGGUGCAGUCUGAGUCCAUUCCCUGCCAAUAGCACAAUUUGAAAAAAUAGAAAUAUAGAUAUAUUCGGGCCUUAAUUUUCUGAAAAAGUGACAUUUUUUUGGAUAAUCUUUGGGAUGGUCAGUGAUGGUGAUGAUACGGUGAUGUAUUGGUACAUGCAAACUGAGGGAUCCAUGAUUGUUGACUGUGGCGAUUCAACGUAGAGCCACGUGGUUCUGCUUGGACACUGCAGCUUUGACACAGUGCACAGGGAAGCUUAUGAGAGAAAUCCAUCUGAAAGUUAAGAGGAAAUGUUGCAGAAAGUGGUUAACCAUUUGAGUCCAGUGAUUCAGGUCCUCAUUUAUCAUCUACAGGCUCUCAUUUAUGUCAAAGACAAACUGGCGUGCGUAUGAAGGCCACUGACGAAAGGCUCCCGAAUCCUGUCUGUGGCUGGAUGAGCAGAGCCACGCCUUUUUGUCCUGACCCAAAUGAGUGUUCCUGUAGAGACGAUGAGCUCUAGCAGUUUUCUUAGGCGCCAUUUACACAUUUACUACACUUGCAUAUUCAGAUAGUCAAACCCAUGUUGUGCAGACCAGCUGCUUUCAUACUAUGAGAGAGAAAAAAAAGGAAAAAUAAAGCUCAUUUUUUUGCUGCUGA